AUGAAGGUGAUUGCUGCUUACAUGCUCGCUCGAUUGGGAGGGAACACCAAUCCUUCUGCCAAUGAUCUGAAGAAACUUAUCGAAUCAGUUGGAGCUGAGGUUGAUGGAGACAGAAUCGAAUUGUUCUUGUCCCAAGUCAAUGGAAAAAAUAUCACCGAGCUAGUUGCAUCCGGUAAAGAGAAGUUGGCAUCUGUGCCUUCUGGCGGUGACGCUAGUGCUGCAGCUCCUCCUGCUAUUGCUGAGGAGACAAAGGAAGAGAAGGUUGAAGAAGAGGAGGACGACUUUGAUGAACCUCUUUUCGGUCUCUUUGGCCCCGACAACUAA